UCCUUCUAUUCAUGUCACUCUACUAAACACUCACAAAAACACAUUUACAAAAAUGAUUACCACUAAUUUUCCUACUUAUAAAAUCAUUAACUUAUUAUUACUAAUUUUCCACUUAAUUCCUUCAAUCUCAGCCGUCGGAUCAUCAUCACCAAUAAACAUAUGGCCUAAACCAAGAUCCAUAACAUGGACAUCACCACAGGCAAUCCUUAUCUCUCCCUCUUUCACAAUCAUCGCCCCAUCCCACCGUUACUUAACUCCGUCAGUUAACCGUUACCUCCGUCAAAUCCAAACCUCAAAAUACACGCCGUUAGUUUUCCCGUCUAUCAACUUCACAACCUCCCUCCCAUUACAAACCCUAACCCUAACCAUCUCCGAUCUCACCUCCCCUCUCUCCCACGCCGUCAACGAAUCCUACACGCUCACAAUUCCGGCACCGUCGACCUCCGCCGGCGCAACGAUCACGGCGGCGACGGUGUGGGGAGCAAUGAGAGGUCUAGAAAGCUUCUCACAGUUAACAUUCGGAACUCCGGCGAGAAUUGCUGCCGGAGUUACGGUUUCCGAUUGGCCGGAAUACGAAUACCGAGGAAUAUUGUUGGAUACUUCUAGAAACUUCUAUUCAGUUGAAGAUUUGAUGAGAUUAAUUGGGGCAAUGAGUGAGAAUAAAUUGAAUGUGUUUCAUUGGCAUAUAACGGAUUCGCAAUCGUUUCCGUUAGUUUUGAAAUCGGAACCCGAGCUUGCGGGUAAAGGAUCGUAUGGGUCGGGUAUGGAGUAUUCGGUUGAUGAUGUGAAACGGGUUGUGGAAUUCGGGUUUGAACAUGGUGUACGGAUUGUGCCGGAAAUUGAUAUGCCUGGACACACCGGGUCGUGGGCUGAAGCAUACCCAGAAAUCGUAGCUUGUGCCAACAUGUUUUGGUGGCCGGCUGGAGCACCAUGGGAAGAGCGAUUAGCAGCAGAGCCAGGAACUGGCCAUUUGAACCCUCUCGUCCCAAAAACAUAUGAAGUGGUGAAAAACGUUAUAAACGAUGUGGCAGCUCUGUUUCCUGAUUCAUUUUUUCAUGGGGGAGCUGAUGAGGUUGUUCCGGGAUGUUGGAAAGCUGACCCAACCAUCCAAAAGUAUCUAGCCAACAAUGGGACUCUUAGUCAACUACUCGAAAUUUUCAUCAACAAUACCCACCCAUACAUUUUGUCACAAAACCGUACAGCCAUCUAUUGGGAAGACGUUAUUCUUGAUGCAGAAAUCAAAAUAAACCCAUCGAUUCUCCCUCCCGAGACCACAAUCAUGCAAACAUGGAAUGGAGGCCCAAGCAACACGAAAAAAUUAGUGUCAGCUGGGUACCGUACAAUUGUGUCUUCAUCAGACUUCUAUUACUUAGAUUGUGGGCACGGAGAUUUUACUGGAAACAACACUGCUUAUGAUCAAGCACCGGAUUUUGAUCAGAAAAAGGGCGGUUCGUGGUGUGGCCCGUUCAAGACAUGGCAGUUGAUAUACAACUAUGAUAUAACAUAUGGGCUGAAUGAGACCGAGGCAAAAUUGGUUAUAGGUGGGGAAGUGGCUUUGUGGUCAGAGCAGGCAGACGCCACAGUUCUUGACGCACGAAUUUGGCCUCGGGCUUCAGCUUUGGGUGAGGUGUUAUGGUCAGGGAACCGAGAUGAGACAGGUAAGAAGAGGUCUGCAGAUGCAACCGAUAGGUUAAGUGAAUGGAUUAAUAGAAUGGUUAGCCGAGGGGUGAAAGCUGAACCGAUUCAACCACUUUGGUGCAUUAGAAAUCCUGGCAUGUGUAACACGGCUAACCCUAUUUUUUAGACUUUGGCAAAAAGAUGUUUGUUAUAUAUUUUCCAUUUUCGUAAAAUGAUUGAAAAAUCAAGAGAAAAUGAGUGAUUUUAUUUGAUUGUAUUGUAAUGAAAGUGUAUCAAGAAUUUAUUUAAUGGAACAAAACUUUGUUUUUA